UUGGCAGUCUGUAACAGGCCUUAGGAAACCACAUUUUCUCCACUGCAUUGUAAAAGAGCAUUAAAAAACGGAUCACCUCACCCUUCAUAAAUCUCUGAAUGUGUCUACAUCAGACCUGUUAAAUUAAUAUAAAUCUUAGUUCAUGUUCCUGAACUUUAAACGUGUUGUAUAUUGUGUUUGUGUAUGUGUGAAUACAGAUAUGACCGUUUAUUGGAGAACUGCUCUAUUGCUCUUGUUGGCAAAUACACCAAGUUUUCAGAUUCCUAUGCCUCUGUCAUCAAAGCUUUGGAACAUUCUGCUCUAGCUAUCAACCACAAGCUUGAGAUAAAGCACAUUGAUUCUGCUGACUUGGAGCCAACUACUCUACAAGAAGAGCCAGUUCGAUAUCAUGAAGCCUGGCAGAAACUCUGCAGUGCUGAUGGAGUCCUGGUUCCAGGUGGAUUUGGUGUUCGAGGGACAGAAGGAAAGAUACAAGCUAUUUCUUGGGCAAGAAAACAGAAAAAACCAUUUCUAGGAGUCUGCCUGGGAAUGCAGUUAGCAGUUGUGGAGUUUGCCCGCAAUAUCCUCGGUUGGCAAGGUAAAGGUGAUGGGAUAAGAUUGUUCGGAACAGAUGUAGAGGUGUUUGCAUUUAAAACCAGUAAAUACUUGAAUUUGAUGGUCAUAAACUGUCAUUUGGGAAAUUUAAGAAGACCAUCUUAAAGGAGAACUGCACCCAUUUUUCUCUGUCCUGUCUAUGUGAAUGUUUAAAAAGAAAUGGUCAUACCAUAUUCAAGAUGUUCUUCAGGCUUGUUGAGCAGAUUGUUUUGGACUGCGGGGACACAACACUUCAAAUAAAAAGGCAGUAUUUCCAGUAAUUUCACUGCUGGCUCAAAACACAUCAGAGUGACAUAAAAUACCAUAACACAGUACGUGACAUCUGUGGAUUAUAUUAAAGUGCUUACAGUACACAUGCUAUGUACAGUGUUACUUUAGUUUAGAAAGUCAAGUUUCAGUAGUGAUCCAGAAAACUUUAUUCAGAAACCAAAGAUGUGUCCAGCAGGUGUAUGUUGUUAGAACUGA